AAGAGCCCCCCAAAAAGAUCCAGCCGCCGCGCGCCGCGGCCCCUGACCCUGAGCCUGUGAGGGAACGCAGAAGAGGGUUUCCGUGCCGCGCCACACGACCCCCCCCGGCGGGCGAUGGACACCGACCACGGCGGCGCGUCGGCCGCGGGCAUGGACGAGGCGGAGGCGGCCUUCUUCGCGCGCGGGGGCCGGCGGUGCUGCUGCUUCCCCUGGCCCGCCGCCGCCUCCUCCUCCUCCUCCCACCAGCGGGUCGGCGGCGCCGCGGCGGCGGCGGCGGCGGCGGCGGAGGAGACCUGGUGGCAGCGCGCGGUGGACGCGGUGCUCAAGGUGCGCGAGUGGUCGGAGCUGGUGGCCGGCCCGCGGUGGAAGACCUUCAUCCGGCGGUUCGGCCGCAGCGGCCCGCCCGCGCGGCCGCACCACCACCACUUCGGCGGCCGCAAGCUCAACUACGACGCGCUCAGCUACGCGCUCAACUUCGACGAGGGCCACGGCGCCAGCCCCGAGGGCGACUACACCGGCUACCGCGACUUCUCCGCGCGCUUCGUCGGACCGCCUGCCUCCGCCAAGUCGUCCAUGGACCUCGGCGGCCGCGACGCGCCGCCGCUCUUCGGCCCGCCGCCGCUGCCGCCCCACGACGGAGCCGGCCGCGCCUGACCGCCACAUCGGUCGUCGGACCGGAGCAGGGGAAGGAACGCUGAUUGAGUGGUCAAAGGAAAGGUGUCCAAAGUAUCUCAGGAAAAAAAAUGGUGACCGGUUCGGGUGGAUUUGAGGAUUCCGCGGGCGUCCCGGUGAGAAUGGUGAGCGAGAUCGCUGCUACAAUUCCUUCCUCCCCCUAGUCCCCUUCGUCCGUUCGGUUGAUUGAUUGGUUUAGCCACUGUAAAAAUGAGAUUGCUACUGCUGCUACUACUACAUUCGUUGUCAUGUUACCUGCUGCUGUAAUGAAUCCGUUCACCCUGUACUCCGUACCAAUUUUGUCCCAACAUUGAAACGAGGUGCACAAA